AUGACAUUAGCAUCAGCCCCAAACGCUACAGAUUCAUGUAAUUCAUUCAUUCCACCAUCAUUUGAUGUUAACAAAGUCGAAAUUAUUUCAGAUAGACCAGAUUGCGCAACAUUUAUUUUUACAGAUGAAGAUCAUACAUUAGGAAAUUCAUUACAUUAUGUUUUAAUGAAAAACCCAAAGGUUGAUUUUUCAGGUUAUAGUAUUCCACAUCCAUCAGAUAAUAGAAUGAAUCUUCGUAUUCAAACUAAAGGUCACAUUUCAGCACAAGAAUCAUUAUUACAAGGUUUAAAUGAUAUUAAAGAUAUUUCAGCCCACAUUUUAGAUACUUUUAACAAUACAGCCGAUAAUUAA